CUUCAGCCAGCACGGCGUGAUCAUGAAUUAAAAAAAAAAUAUUAUUUACCUGUCUUAUUUUAAAAUUAUAUCUUUUAUUGAUAGAAUUUUCUAUCUGCAUUCUACUACUAUCUACAUCUAUCGAAAAUUCUCUAUCUACAUUACAUUACUGUAUCUAUGUGAGGUUAUGUAAAGUAGAGGUUAUGUCACAUCACUGGGACAUAAAAUAUAAUCUCUACUCUAAUUUAUCAUAAUUUACAUUAAAUUAUGUCGGAGAAAGCAACGGCUGCAAAAUCAGAAAUAGUAGACCAAAGCGAACGAGUCGAUGAGACCGCUCCUACUGAUAUUGAACCAGAAGAUAAAUGGCUGAUCAGAGAUUGCGAUCUCUACAAAGAUGAGUACAAAGAGUGUACAAGCUUCCGAGGUAGAUUCCAUCAGUACUUCAUAUAUGGUCAGUCCCUUGACUGCAACCAGUGGAAACAUGAUUAUAACAACUGUUGUAAAUGGGUUGAUGACAAUGAUUUGAAAGCUGCAGUUACUUAUUACGUUAUUCAGGAAGCGCUAGUAAAAAGUGAAAGACAGCGACGAUAUGAGCGGCUAAGGGCACAUUAUCAAAAUGACACUUGGAAAAAACGAUCGGAGCCCCCAUCAGACUGGAAUAAACCUCUGCCAGAGUGGUUAGUCACAAGAGACGAAAACACAUACCUCGCACAAAAAGCUAAGGACUUAAAAGAAGGCAAAGAUGAUGUUGAUGAGCGUAGUUUUUGUAGCAUUAUGUGAUUUAUGAUGUUUGAUAAAUUAGAUUUAGUUACAAAACGUUUUUUUAUUACAUUGUGAAAUCAGAGUGAGGUUCUGAUUUUAAAGUAUAUUUUGUUUUAUUUUAUAACGUAGUACGUUUCGUACGAAAUUUUGGAAUGUCCACAAUAAUAGGUGUGGAACCCCAGCCUGCGUCUAUUCCCCGGAUGAUGGGAAAAGUGAAGGCGGAAUCGAAAUAAAUCGUGCAAUUCCAUCGCACACUCCCGUCAAAUAACCUGCAGAAUACCGAUAAGCAGCAACUAAAUCCAUAUAUUUAACAAGCAUACUUUUAAAAUUCAAAAUUGUUUAUUUCAGCGUUGACAAAGUAUAUGCUUUCAUAGAAUUCUCACAGAUGGCGCUACGG